AUGAAGUUCUCUGUCUUCGUCGUCGCCGCUAUGGCUAGCGCUGCUGUCGCUGCCCCCGUCGCUCCCCGUGCUGAUGGCAACGGUGGUGCCGGCAUCGUAGGCAACGGCCCUCUGGGUCUCGGCGGAGGUGCCGGUCUCGGCGGCUGCCUCUUCGGUAACUGUCUCGGAGGAGGAGGUGCCGCAGCAGGCCCUGGUGGCGCCGCCGGAGCCGGGGGAGGCAGCGCAUCCCCUUUCCAGCCCAAUGGACCUUCCAAGCGCGAGACUGGGGUCGUCGUCGAGCGUCAGCAGGGCAACGGCGGUGCGGGAAUCGUGGGCGGUGGACUGGCCGGACUUGGCGGCGGAGCUGGCCUGGGUGGCUGCCUCUUCGGCCAAUGCUUGGGAGGCGGAGGUGCCGCAGCAGGCCCUGGUGGCGCCGCCGGAGCAGGUGGAGGUGCUUCGAGCCCAUUCCGCCCAAAUGGACCUUCCAAGAGGGAGACUGAGGUCGUAGAGGCCAGGGCUGAUGGUAACGGCGGCGCUGGCAUCAACGGCGGUGGCCUUUUCGGACUUGGCGGUGGCGCUGGUCUUGGCGGCUGCCUGCUCGGCAACUGCUUGGGAGGCGGAGGUGCCGCUGCAGGCCCUGGAGGCGCUGCUGGUGCUGGUGGCGGGCAGAGCAGCCCUUUCCAGCCCAACGGUCCCCAGUAA